AUGGAUCAAGAUUCCAAUAAGAAACCUAAAUUUAUCAAAAAUUAUUAGUAUAUCUCUAUUAUUUAUAAUAGAAAAGCCAAUCAUACGAGUUAAAAGUUAUAAGCAUAAAAUUUAAGUUCUCUAAAGUAUGUUCUCUAAGAACUAUAAAAAAUAAAGAAAACUCCAAGUACAUCUUUACAUACUACUGCGAGUAAAAGAAAUUAAUAAUCACAAUACAAGGAUAAUAUUGAAGUUUAAACUCCUUAAACUAGUUAUCGUUCUAGAUUAUCAUUAACAAAAAGAAAUGAAUGGAUUGAUUUAAUUAAUUAAAAAUCAUAACAAAAUCUCCAAUCUGAUUAAAUUUCAAUUACAGAAUAUCGGUAUUAAUUAAAAUGAACUUAGAACCAAAAUUUAAAUGGACUGUUUCUUUUAAAAUGAUUGGAAAUAGCCAUAUUAUAAACAAGAAAAAAUAAAAUAAAUAAACUAAAAAAUAAAUUAAUAUUAGCCAAAUGAUGAUAUUAAUUCAUGGAAACAAUUGGUUGAUAAAAGAUUACAUCAAAGGAUAUCAUGA